AUGGAGCUUGAGCCAAUCCCAGGCCCUCCUGGCCUGCCCAUUGUUGGCAACAUUGCAGAUAUCGACGCAAACUGCCCCAUACAGUCAAUGUGCAACUUGACCUUGAAAUAUGGCCCGGUAUGGAAGUUUUGGCUGGGUGGCGAGCGAAUCGUUGUUGCCGAUCAGCGCCAUAUGCACGAAAUUUGCGAUGAGGAACGUUUUUCAAAAAUCAUUGCAGCUUCUCUAGAUCAGGUCCGCAAUGGUGUUCACGAUGGACUCUUCACAGCAUAUGGACCGCAAGAGAAGAACUGGGGUAUUGCACAUCGCAUACUGAUGCCCCAGCUUGGUCCACUCGCUAUCCGCAACAUGUUCGACGAGAUGCACGAUAUUGCCUCUCAGUUGGUGAUGAAGUGGGCGAGACAUGGACCCGAAAAUGUCAUAAACGUCACUGACGACUUUACACGGCUAACACUGGAUACCAUUGCUCUGUGUGCAAUGGACUAUCGCUUCAAUUCAUAUUACUCUGAACGUAUGCAUCCUUUCGUCGAUGCCAUGGCCGACUUUUUGAGAACCAGUGGCGACCGGGCGCGAAGGGAUCCCAUCUCUCAAAUGUUCUAUGGUGCAGAGACCCAGAAGUACUGGAGAGACAUAGAAUUGCUGCGCAAGACUAGUCUGGAAGUCAUUGAGACAAGGAGAGAAAACCCCACCGACAAGAAAGAUCUGCUCAACGGUAUGCUCAGUGGUGUGGACCCAAAGACGGGUGAGAAAAUGAGUGAUGAUAACGUCAUUGACAACAUGAUAACUUUCUUGAUUGCUGGUCACGAAACUACAUCAGGUUUGCUUUCUUUCACAUUUUAUUUCCUGCUGAAGAACCCACAAGCCUACGAAAAGGCUCAGCAAGAGGUGGACGACGUCAUUGGUAAGGGUCCAAUCACAGUCGAGCAUUUGUCACGGAUCCCAUACCUUAACGCGGUGCUCCGAGAAAGUCUGCGCCUACAGCCGACCGCUCCUUCCUUCGGAAUCACUGCCAAGGAAGACACUACUAUUGGAGGCAAAUAUGCCAUCAAAGCCGGUGUUCCCAUAGUCACACUUCUCGCUAUGUUACAUCGUGAUCCUGCUGUCUACGGCGAAGAUGCCGAGGAGUUCCGCCCAGAACGAAUGCUGGAUGAAGAAUUCGAACGACGCAACAAAGAGUUUCCCGACUGCUGGAAGCCCUUCGGUAACGGCAUGCGCGCUUGCAUCGGCAGGCCAUUCGCUUGGCAAGAAGCUCUCUUGGUGCUUGCUAUUCUUUUGCAGAAUUUCAACUUCACAAUGGAUGACUCGUCGUAUCAACUCCAGAUCAAGCAGACGCUCACCAUCAAGCCAAAAGACUUUUAUAUGCAUGCACAUCUCCGCAGCGGCAUAUCCCCCACCUCACUUGAACGAUCUCUGGCUUCGUCAAGCAUCAAUGAACCAGCCCUAGCCAAGGGUGGGCCUGUCAAAAAAGCCGCAACCAGCAACGGGAAGCCUAUGGCUAUCUAUUAUGGGUCCAACACUGGAACUUGCGAAGCACUUGCAAAUCGACUAGCUAGCGAUGCUGCAAACCAUGGCUUCAAGGUAGAUGUGGUGAACACAUUGGACACUGCCCGCGAGAACCUUCCUACCGACAAACCUGUCGUUAUUGUGACCCCAUCUUACGAAGGAGCGCCCGCUGAUAAUGCCGCGCACUUUGUCAACUGGGUGGGCACGCUCAAAGAAAAAGAGCUCGAGAAUGUCUCGUACGCCGUUUUCGGAUGCGGCCACCGCGAUUGGGCAAAGACUUUCCACAAGGUUCCAAAGUACCUUGAUGCUACCUUGGAGGAGCGAGGUGCUACCAGACUGGUGCCAAUGGGUACUACUGACGUUGCAGCUGGUGACAUCUUCACCGAUUUUGAGACAUGGGAGGACCAAGUUUUGUGGCCUGCCUUGCGCGAAAAGUACGGUUCUACAGAGGCAGAUGCAGAGAGCUCCUUGGAGACGACGCUGGAUGUCGAGGUCACCGCACCAAGAUCAUCCACGCUGCGCCAAGAUGUUCGUGAGGCUCGCGUUGAGGAGGUCGAGGUUCUUUCCAGCUCUGAUGCCACAGAGAAAAGGCACAUUGAGAUCAGUCUGCCGUCUGAUAUGACGUACUCUGCAGGCGAUUAUCUAGCCGUCUUACCCCUCAACCCCAAGGAGAACAUCCAUCGCGCGAUGAGAUACUUUGGUCUCACUUGGGACUCAAUGCUCACAAUCAACUCCGCUGGUCCUACUAUCCUCCCAACCGAUACUCCCAUUAGCGCCACUGAUGUUUUCGGGGCAUAUGUUGAACUUGCGCAACCCGCCAGCAAACGCAAUGUCCAAGCCCUCCUCGAGAGCACCCGGGACGAUGCCGAGAAGAAGGAGCUCACUCGUCUUGCAGAAGAAGCCUUUAGCUCGGAGAUCACUGCAAAGCGAGUUUCGGUGCUAGAUCUCCUGGAGCGCUUCCCAUCCACGAAGCUUCCCCUGGGUAUCUUCCUCAAGAUGUUACCGCCUAUGCGUGUUCGACAAUACUCCAUUUCGUCUUCACCACUGUGGAACCCGAACCACGUCACAUUGACAUACUCGGUGGUCGACCAGCCAGCCCUUAGCGGACACGGACGGUAUGUGGGUGUAGCAACAAACUACCUCGCCAACCUCGUGCCUGGGGACAAACUCCAUGUCAACGUACGCUCUUCGCAUCAGGCUUUCCAUCUCCCCAAAGACUCACAGAAUGUUCCCGUUAUCAUGAUCGCCGCUGGAACGGGUCUGGCGCCCUUCCGAGGUUUCAUCCAGGAACGUGCUGCUCAAGCGGCAGCAGGCCGCAAGCUGGCUCCUGCCAUUCUGUUUUACGGUUGUCACUCACCUUCCAUUGACCUGAUAUACAGCGACUUGCUCAAGCGCUGGGAAGACAUGGGUGCAGUCUCUCUUCGCCUGGCCUUCUCAAGGCAACCCGAAGAGACACACGGCUGCAAACACGUCCAGGACCGUAUCUAUCACGAUCGCGCAGAAGUCGUCAAACUCUUCGAUGCUGGUGCCAAGGUAUUCGUAUGCGGGUCUCGUGGUGUUGGUGACGGAGUUCAGGAGACACUGAUCAAGAUUGCAAAGGAGACGAUUCGAGAGAAGGAAAAUAGAGAUGUGGAUGAUACAAAGGCCAAGGAGUGGUUCGAGGGGCUGCGCAAUGAAAGAUUUGCAACGGAUGUGUUUGAUUAAGCUAGUGGAGGUUGAAAAAUUACUCAAUCAUCAGUUUCUGUUGAUAUUGUAAUAUAAACUGAAUCGAUAAAGAUUUGG